AUGUGAGAUUCGUGAAUCGUUCAAGUACUGGUCUUUUCCAACGCAUUGUCACUUUGAUGCAACACCGCUUAUUUCCGCACUCCUUCACAUCCUGUCCCCCUGUCUUUUCAUGUCGUCAAUGCUUAUGUACUCAGUGACAGCAUACUUUCUUUUGGGAGCCCUACCGAGGGAAAUUUCAGUCAGGUCUGGAUAUCCCGGUAUCUCAGAGAGGCUUUAUUUUCGUAAAAACGACGAUCAUUCUUAUACUUGUUCAUCUUCGCCAAUGGUUCCUAAGCUACAACGUGCUUUUCUCUCUACGUCAUUUCACAUACUGGCCUUGGACAUCGAAGAAAUGUUAUCAUCUCCCACAACUUGGACAGAUCGCAGAACCCUCGGGCAGGUUCCGUCCCUGUUUGCGUUUUCUUCUUUCAUCGUCACUUGCACAUUGACGAACACUUUUCUAGGGCGACAACUCCCGGGAUUUUGAAGUGGAAAAAAGUUACGCCAGUUCUUCCAUCGAUGUAAACAUUCGUUACUUUCUUUCUUAGUCUCCACUAUGUUAAAUGGG